UGUCCCACUGUCAGAUUAGAUAUUGGAUUUUAGGUACCUUAAAAACAUGAUAGCCUUUCCUCAGCUGCAGCCAAGGUACUCGGUCCUUCCGAGGAAGCUAAGGCUGCGUUGGGGUGAGGCCCUGAUUUCAUCUGGUGACAUCCGGCAGCGCCAGCCCCACACUCACCCACAUCAUGGCCUCUGAGCUCACCUGCAUCUACUCAGCCCUCAUUCUGCACAGUGAUGAGGUGACUGUCACGGAGGAUAAGAUCAAUGCCCUCAUUAAAGCAGCCGGUGUAAAUGUUGAACCUUUUCGGCCUGGCUUGUUUGCAAAUGCCCUGGCUACGGUCAACGCUGGAAGCCUCAUCUGCAAUGUAGGGGCUGAUGGACCUGCUCCAGCAGCUAUUGCUGCACCAGCAGGAGUUCCUGCCCCCUCCACUGCUACUGCUCCAGCUGAGGAGAAGAAAGUGAAAGCAAAGAAAGAAGAAUCCGAGGAGUCUGAUGAUGACAUGAACUUUGGUCUUUUUGACUAA